GCCGGGCUAGGCGAGUCCGGGGCGGCACCGAAGCCUCGGGACUCCGGGGCGGGGCCGAGGCCGGCGGUCGGCGGCGCCGCUAGUUCAGGUGUUGCGGCGGCUCCACGUCGCCAAGCGGCCGGCGGGGCUGGGGCGCGCGGAGCUCGGGGCGCGUCUCCUCGCGUGAGCCCGGGCGGGCCCCAGCGUCCCGCGCGCCGGCCCUCGGGCUCCGGCGAGGCCAUGGCGGGGCCGGGCCCGGGGGACCCCGACGAGCAGUACGAUUUCCUGUUCAAGCUGGUGCUGGUGGGCGACGCGAGCGUGGGCAAGACGUGCGUGGUGCAGCGCUUCAAGACCGGCGCCUUCUCGGAGCGCCAGGGCAGCACCAUCGGCGUCGACUUCACCAUGAAGACGCUGGAGAUCCAGGGCAAGCGGGUCAAGCUGCAGAUCUGGGACACAGCUGGCCAGGAGCGGUUCCGCACCAUCACCCAGAGUUACUACCGCAGUGCCAACGGGGCCAUCCUUGCCUACGACAUCACCAAGAGAAGCUCCUUCCUGUCUGUCCCUCACUGGAUCGAGGACGUGAGGAAGUACGCAGGCUCCAACAUCGUGCAGCUGCUCAUCGGGAACAAGUCGGACCUCGCGGAGCUGCGGGAGGUGCCCCUGGCCGAGGCCCAGAGCCUGGCCGAUCACUACGACAUCCUGUGCGCCAUCGAGACCUCCGCCAAGGACUCGAGCAACGUGGAGGAGGCCUUCCUGCGGGUGGCCACCGAGCUGAUCGUGAGGCACGGGGGCCCCAUGAUCAGCGAGAAGGGCGCCGACCACAUCCAGCUGGACAGCAAGGCGGUGGGCGAGGGCUGGGGCUGCGGCUGCUGACGCCGCGGAGCGCAGGAGGCCCGGGCUGCCGCCCAGCGUCGGCCUCCACCGUCUCCUGCCUUGACGUCGCCGCUCUCCAGGGCUCGCCCAUGCCCUGGACUCUUCCAGAUCAUUCCAGAACCUUCCAGAUCAUUCUGGAGCCUCCCUCUGGAACCCAGAGAGCAAGAUGACCAGAGCAACGAGCACAGCCAGGGAGGCCCGGCUCCUCUGGACCCAGCCUCCGCGUUCACUGCCAGCUCCUCCGCCAGACACCUCCCUGGGGCCCGCUGGCUCGCUGCCUUAUCAGACCUCGAGUUUUUCUGCUUUUCCAUGGAGCUUGUCAUUUUCAGACGGCACAAGCGUGGGGUCAUGGCCCGUGGCCAGCCGGGGACUGUCUGCUGGCCGGGGGCCCAGAGACUGGCCACUCAGGUUGCUGCGGAGCCGGCUCUCAGAAGUCCAGCGAGCCGGGAGCCUUUGAGGAAGGCAGCCUGGAGGCUGGCGGGGGGCCGCGCAGCGGGUUCUGCCUUCACCCAGAACCAGCAGACCCAGCAGCGGCUUGCAGCCCGCUUCCCUGAGACCUGGCCCUCGGCAGGACCCCUUCCUGCAUGGUCAGGAGCCCCCGUGCCCGGUCGAGCUUUAGUUUUCCCAACAACAAUGUCCAGGCCCUGAUGGUUCUUGGUGUGGCUAUGUUCACCCCGCUGGGCCCUUAAUACCCUCAACCUGGCCAGGUGCAGGGGCUCAGGCCUGGCACCCCAGCAGCUCAGGAGGCUGAGGCAGGAGGAUCACAAGAUGGAGGCCAGCCUCAGCCACUUAGCAAGGCCCUCAGCAACUCAGCGAGACCCUGUCUCUAAAUAAAAUAGAAAAAGGUCUGGGGAGGUGGCUCAGUGGUUAGGCGCCCCUGAGUUCAGUCCCAAGGAAAAAAAAAAUUGCUUCCCCCUGUGCUGGGUGCUGAGGUGAAAUUGGGGCCUCUUGGAAAACAGCGUGGAGGAUUCAGAGGGGAGCUAGGCCCCGGGCCCUGGGAGAACCCUCAGCAUGGACUCCUCACCCCACCUAAAUAAACUGCUCUCAGCCUCUUA